CAUCAAAACGCGACAAGCAUUCUGAUUCCGUCCUGUUGCUUAGUGAGGGCUGUAAGCUCAGUUUUACGCGGCAGUGAUGAUGGAGAAGUACUCGGGAUUGUAUAAGGAGCCGACCACCGCCGCAAAGCAGCAGGAGAGACACUAUUAUCUCCUGUCCGAGCUUCAAGUACUGGUCCAAGACUUACCAAGCUGGUUUCAGCAGCGCUUGUCGUACACAACACUGAGUGAUUUGGCUCAGGCUCUGAUAGAUGGCACUGUGUAUGAGAUUGUCCAAGGCCUGUUGGACAUCCAGCAUCUGACUGAGAAAAACCUGUACAACCAAAGACAGAAACUGCAUACUGAGCACAGAGCUCUCAAGCAUGAAUUGUUACGAAAACAGAAAGUGGCUCUGCAGAGCUGCAAAUCUCAUAACCUCAAUGUACUCAAAGCAAGCCAGCGAGCAGAAAUGGAGGGUCUGGAGCAGCGUGUGAAGGAUGAGCAGCGAAUGAUGGAUGAGAAGAUUGUUGCAGAGAUGGAUCAGAAGGUUCUGGACCAACAGAAUACACUUGAGAAAGCUGGAGUUCCUGGUUUUUACAUCACCACCAUCACACAGGAAGUGACAAUGCAGAUGAACUUGCUAGAAUUGAUCCUGAAGUUACAACAAAAAGAGUCCCAGGCUGGAACAUUGCAAUGAGCGAUAUAAAUCUUGUUGUUGUUUUUUUUUCAUGUUAAUAUGAUCCAUUGUUGUAUGCAUCUUAGGCUGUCUGGUGCUGUCAGCCUGUGGAGGAAACUGGGAAGUAUCCCCAGUUUGGGCACAAAAGUUGUUCUUUGGAGGUACAACUUGUUAAGAAAUGUUUACCACCCACCUGCCUUGAGUAAAAACUUUCGGUUUACUCAUGCAGUAUGCAAGUUCCUGCCCCCAACCGUCAUGUCACAAGUUCAAGACUGUUUGUUAAGGUGGAGUACCUUCGAUUUUUGUAAACAUUAAUAGACAAAUGUUUAAGUUCAGUAAUGCAUAACAAAAUCGAUCAAUCACAAUGUACUUUAUUACAUUGUUGUAUUAUAUUGUUUAUAUUAUAUUAUAUUAUAUAUAUUACUUUAACUAUGUACUUUUCUAAUGUUGAAUAAAUUAGUUUACUAUUUAUUAUAUUAAAAAUUGUCAAAAUAAGAACAAUGGUUCAUGUUGAGAUUAAAUGGGCCUUAA